GGUCUGAAACAAGUCUCAUCUAGACAGGGAGGUAGUCUGACCAAGACGGGGCCAUGUGGUGCUCUCUUAUGAAAACAGGACUGGAGUCGAAAAACGGAAUGGCGCGGUGGUUCUCGUUUCCUACCUAUUUUAGCGGUCCGGAAAUGCCAAUAGACGUAAAGGAGGGGGUAUCUGUCGUCCUGCUAGAAGAAGGAACGUGGACAGACUUGAAGCCAGCCUACCAAACUGUGAUGCUGGAUGAAAAGGACACGUUCCUCUGGAUAGAGACAAUCUGGACCAAGGUCAGUCUGACGAGACUAUCGCCAAGCUUGAUGGACUUCGAAUUCUGGGGAACAGUGGAAGCCCGCGGGUGGGUCUACCUAUCCCAGGAGAUGGAAAAUGCAGUGGUAAUAGGAUUAGUACUGGGAACGGUGCCGUACCAGCUGUUUAGACAGGCGGAACGAGAAGUGGUAUGGGCGGCAUGUCAACGGGCGGAAAUGAAAAUGGACAAAGUAGAGGUGCAAGUGGAGCUCGGAGAUAGGGAAAACGUGAGACGACCUCUUAGGACGAUGAGGGAAAGGGUGUUAGGAUGGUUUGAUCCAGAGGCUACGCCAAAGGCCGGGGAAAAGCAUAGGGAUACCAAGGAAGGAGAAGGGACCAGUGAGGUCGGUGAAACAAGGAGCUCCGAAGGGGGCCUCAAGAGGAUAGUAGCCACCCUCACUCGGGCGCUGAAUAAGAAUCAGGGGUAUCUUGCGGAUGCCAAGAAAAAACUUACUUUCGACGGGACAAACGUUACGGAGUUCCUAAUUGACUACGAGAACUUGGCGACCUUGCUGAAAUGGACUGAGGAAGAAAAGAUUGACCACUUAGGGCAGCAUGUGUCGCUAAGCUUAGGAAGGGACAUUAUGACUACUGUCACCUCUAGUGGAUCCUGGAAAGAGACCCGCAACGAGAUGAUGAGAAAGUACCUGAAGGCAGAGAAAAUGGCAACAGAAGCCGAGUUGGCGGCAGUCCAAAGGAAGAACUAUACGACUUACAACGAAUUCCUAAGGGCGUUUACUCUAGUGGCACUACGAAUUCCCGGGGUAACAGACCGUAUAAUGAGUAAGUACUUCCUCAGGCAUUUAUCCGAGUUCGACAAGGAUAAGAUCUUGUCGGCCUACCAGCAGACUAGUAAGUUCGAAUACACAAGGGAUGUGGAUUUCAACAAGGUAACAGACCUCGCAGAAAAGACAGUAGUGACCGAGACACUAGCCCUGCUCAAGGAAGGCGAGGUUAUAGACUUGACUGGGAAGACGGAGGACAAGGUCAAGAAGGGGAUAGAGAGUCUGCACGAACGGGUGCACGGGGUUGAUAACAAGAUAGAAAGAGUGGAAAAUGCGCUAUUAGUAAUGCAGGCGCAGGUGUCCCGACCCGCCCUUCCUCCCCAAGAGGCCGUGGUUCCGGCGGCGGUAGCAAAUCGAGGGUAUGGCAGAAGGGAUCCGGUCAAUGAGCAAUGCGAGUAUUGUACAAUGGUCGGACAUUUCGCAAGCCCGAGAUUGCUUAAAGGACUCAGGCAAUUACUAACGCGCCGACGCGUAGAGGUAGAGGAGUCCCCGGAACCACAGGAGCAGGAAACGGAAGAGGCUGAGACACCGCAAGGAGUCUCCAACCUCCAAAGGAUCCCAGGGGAUCUGGAGGACCUGGAGAAGGCCUUUGCAGAUAUCCGCCUAAGCCUACCGGACCGAGAGGGCGGAGAAGUCACGAGGGCACCCCCCGGGACGAAGCUUAGCUUCCAUGCAUUGCCCGUAGGAAAGCUGAAGGUCCAUAUCGGAACCCACCACACGGAUGCAUUAGUGGACUGUGGUGCGAAAAUUACCCUCAUACGACGAGACUUUGCAACAAUUACCGGCUGCACCGUAAACAAGGAAGUGACGGGGAGUAUCCGGGGAGCCGGCGGGGAGAUUCUUUUUGAAGGGUACGUCACGAAAUGCGCAGUGAGGGCAGGGAUCAAGGAAUCGAUUUGGUCCUUCAAGCGGAUGAUCGUGAUGGAAGAAAUGGGCCAUGACAUAAUUCUCGGGAGGCCAUGGUGCGCCAAUGUAGAGAUGAUAGGUAUGCAUCUGCAUGAUGGCACAUACAUGGUGGAUAUAGAGGACCCCGUAACCGACCGGGGAGAACUCCUCCGACUCCUUGGGACAGGAGGGGAUCCCGCGAAGGGCAAAUUGGCAACCUGGUCGCCAACCUUCAAAGAGAGUGCGCGAAAGAGGGCAUUCGCACGAAUGAAAGGUAUGACAGGUAUGGUGGCUACGUACUGUCAAACGUGUUUGAUAUGCCAAGAAAGGAGUUCCGCAUGUGUUUUCGAGCUCCUUAGACCUAUCCGGGUAUUGGGGCCGGGGCACCUGGUCCACCUUGACCUUGCGGUCAUGCCUGUAUCAACGGAUGGAUACAGGUACAUCUUGGAUGCAAGGGAUAACCUCAGUGGCUACGUAGAGGCGGUGACUCUUAAGAGAAAGACGAGAAAGGGAGUGGCCGAUUGGAUAGAAGACUUCUACCUUAGACACCCCUUUGUGCGCAGGUUCAUAGCGGACAAUGGGACGGAGUUCGUCAACCAGAAGGUGUUGGGCAGGCUUAAGGCUUUGUGCGUACCUAUCAAGAUCAUUGAACCGUAUCACCCGGAGGCAAAUGCACCAGUAGAAAGGGGCCACCGGACCUUGAAAAACACAAUCGCUAAGUUGGCGGUCGAUGAUCUGGGGAACUGGCCUCGGUACCUUAAGCAGGCGGUCUUCUCAGAGAACAUGACGCCGAAAAGGAUGACAGGAUGCAUUCCGGCAGAAUUCUGCUAUGAGAGGGAGAUUGAUCUCCCGGUGGAAGCCCUGGUUCCUACUUGGAACAGGCUAGAUGACAAUCCGCACAUGUCUACGGAGGAACUAACUGCCGCACGUUGCCAACAGGUCGCUAGAAAUGAGGAAGCCUUGGAGGAUGUGGUUAAAAAUGUAAUGGAUAGUCGAAUGAGGGACAAAGCAAGGUGGGACCAGGUAAAGAAGAUCCAGAUGGAGCCGCUCCAGGUGGGAGAGAAGGUACUAGUUAGGAACUCGGCUUUUGAAAACACAUGGUCAGGACAACUGGGAAGAAGGUUCAAAGGUCCCUACAAGAUCGCUAAGAGGGUGGGAUUGAACAUGUUUGAACUUGAGGAUCUCGAUGGUACUGGGAUGAAAGGGUCAUUUCUGGGGCAGAGGCUGGUCAUGUUUUUUAGCAGAGAUCCGGUGGAGCGAUGGUUACAGGCUGUGUAGCAUCGUGUUAGGGUUCGGUGACGGAACCCGAACGUUCGGGACCGAACGCGAACGAGCGCCGAAACUC